CCACAAUAUAAAGCCAAGCCCCGGGUACUGAUAAUCAUUCGUUUUAGAACUUUCUACAAGUGCAAAGAAAAAAGCAAAAACAAAAAACAUAAACAUGAUUGCCCUCGUAGCAUUUCUCGGUUUCUUGGCAACUGCAACUGCAGGUAUCCUGCCAGCAGCUCCAAUUGUUACACCACUUGCAAGAAGCAGUCAAGUUAUUGCUAGGAAUUAUAAUGCUGCCUAUAUAGCUCCUGCUGCAGCUGUUCCUGUAGCGCAUCCUGCGGCUUAUUCAGUGCCUGCGGCUUAUUCAGUACCUGCGGCUUAUGCUGCGCCCGCUGCUUAUGCUGCACCUGCGGCUUAUGCUGCACCAGCGGCUUAUGCAGCGCCUGCCGCUUAUUCACUACCUGCGGCCUAUCCAGUCCCUGCGGCUUAUUCAGCGUAUCCUGCGACUUAUCCGGCACCUGCAGUUGCUUUUAAAACAUUCUCCACAGUCCUCGAUUCGUCUUCGUCGAGAAUUCACAAGAAAAUGGAUUCACAUUUAAUGAUGAUCUUUGGAGUUUUGGUGGGUUGCAUUUGCAGCUGCAUGGCCGGCGUAAUUCCAGCAGUUCCAGUUGCACCCGCAGCAAUAGCAUAUUCGAAAGCAGUUCCAUACGACGUGCCACCUCACACUUCUAGGAUUGAUAUCAGCACAAAAUCUCUGGCUGCACCAAUAAUUGCUGCCCCCAUUGUUGCUCCUGCAGCUGCACCUUUCCUAAGUGGUUAUCCAGCUGCAGCUGUACCUGCACCAAUUUUUGCGGCACCUGGAUUAAUUCAAUCAACUUAUGGAAACCUGGUGGCUCCUUUUGCACCUGCUUAUAGCCCUGCUGUUUUUGGUUAAAAAAUUUGGUUUUUUGAUA